CAGACGCUUCUUAUGACUCAAGAUCAUUACUGAUAUCGGCCAUUGUUCCUGUCCCCUCCUAUCAGAGCGUCCUGGUGGAGUCUCCGGUCUCUCUGGCUGUUUCUCCCGGAGUUAUCUCCCUCGACCCGUCGAUGUCCGAAUCCCCGCUCUCCGCCCCGACCUCCAUCAUCUCUCCGGCAGUCGGGAGGAAAGGAGGCGCCGGAGGGAAGAAGGGGAAGAAGAAGAAAGACCCCAACGAGCCUCAGAAACCCGUGUCGGCCUACGCUCUGUUCUUCAAGGAUACUCAGGCCGCUAUCAAAGGACAAAACCCCAACGCUACCUUUGGAGAAGUCUCUAAGAUAGUGGCCUCCAUGUGGGACAGUCUGGGAGAGGAGCAGAAACAGGUUUACAAGAGGAAAAACGAAGCGGCAAAGAAGGACUACUUGAAGGCGCUGGCCGAGUACAGAACCGGACAGAUUUCUCAG